AGGACUCGUAGAUCUACCCGACAAGCUGCAGUUUGGACCUGGUGCCGCUGGAGUCUGCAUGGCUGCCACGUGUCAUUGGACUCAGACUCCGGAGCUGCUACAGGAUGACUGAUGUGUGUCAGUGUGUGCUUUCUUCUACUUUGAUACAAGGGAGUAAAGUAGCCUGGAGCUGAAAUUAAUAAUAAUAAUUGCUCCAAGUACUCCGUUAUCUUCUUUUAUCACACUGGUGCUCCCUACAAGUAAAAGUGCGACUGAUCGACUGCCUGAAUCUGUGGAGGACAUACAGUAGCGCGACCAGGGCAGUGGUCCACAUCGUUCCAAGUCCGUUCACUAUGCUCUGACACAAGGUUUGUCUGUGCGGAGUCCAGGCCAACGUGCUUGGAUUUAUCAUCGGGCAGUGCUGCCGCUGGUCGAAAUUAAUUUUAUCGAGUUGGAGCACAAUCUACAGUCAGUGCAGUCAGCUUGUGUGUGUGUGUGUGUGUGUGUGUGUGUGUGCAACGCCCUGUCUGCACUUCACUAGCCAGUCGCUGUCGGUGUGAAGUGCGGGUCAGCGAGCUACCAAGUACCAGUACUACUGGCAGUAGCUCUGUUGAGAAUCGUGUAAAACGCUGUGUUUCUUCCGGAUUGUGGAUCAAGACGGAUUUUCACAGUGGACAAAGGAUAGUAAACCCAUCUACAUCAUCGACCCCCCACCCUCUCCCCCGAUCCCCCCCCCCCCCCCCCCCUGUGUGGUGGUGGUGGGUUUGUGGGCAAUCAUCAAGUUUCACCUUGCAUUACUGAUUCUUGAAACCCUGAGAUCAGCAGUUAAGAUGCUACUGACGUGGUCUAGGCAUGGCAACACUGGCUGCCUGCAGCUUGUCCUCCUAUGCACUGUCACUGCCCUGGUUGCCAUUGUCAACGGUAACGGUGCCAGUGCCGAGGAGACCGGUGAUGGCAGCGACGAGCAGCUCAUGAGUUCCGGCGGUGGAGAAUUCCCUUCAGGUGGCGGGGACGGCGACGAAGCGUGCUCGGCCGACAGACGCACUGGGGGCAAGUGUGGCGGGGGCGAGGCCCACAAGUCCGCGCUAGUACCCGACGGCUAUAUGCAGCCACUCGGCAGUCACCAGGCACCCGAGCCCGACCUGGCCGAGUUCGAUAGCUUCGUGGACGCGGAGAUGUUCUACCGUGACGUGGUGCAGAACGACGAGCCGGUCGUCUUUCGGCAAGUCUUGGACAUGGAUUCGGUGAGCAAUCUCAACAACGACACGUGGCUGACGCGCGAGUUUGGUCAUGUGACCGUCACCGUGGAGGAGAUGAAGAAAGAGCGGCGAGAGGGUCCUGCCAUUGCCAUGACGAUGGGCGACUUCCUCGGCGCGUACAACCGGAGCGAGGUGUACCUCGCGGACGACGUGCCAGUGGACCUGCGCAUGCAUUGGCGCAUACCGGCCAUGCUGCUGUGCGGCGGGUUCGCGGAGCGCAUCACGUCCAUACGCAUGUGGUUAAGUAGCGGCGGUACAUCGUCGGUGCUGCACACGGAUACCGUGGACAACCUUCACUGCCUGCUGGACGGCACCAAGCACUUCGUGAUGAUCGACAGGCGCGACGCCGAGCACAUCGGCAUGGACCGCAAGCAGGACGGCAGCUAUCUGAUGGACGUGGAUCGAGUGGACACGCUCCAGUACAACAUGACCGGCGUGCGCUGGUGGAACGUCACGGUACGCCCUGGAGACUGCCUAUACAUACCGACGCUCUGGGUGCAUCAGGUGCGCUCGGACGGACCGCGCAACCUCGGCGUCAACUUGUGGUGGCGGCCGCUGAAGUUCUUCGACGACUCGAAGUGCAAGGAGAUGGAGGAGCGGUUCGACUGCCGCCCCGCGGGUCACGACGGCUGCGCAGACGGCAUACCGGCGUCAGAGCUGGUGAUGGUGGAUGACGCGGCGCACGUCAUGGCAACGCUGCAGUCCCUGGUGGACGACGAUGGACGUCUGUACAGGGCCGACGUCGUCGCGGCGAUGCCACAGGAGUUCCACGCGCUGACGUCGCAGCUGGCCGCCGAGUUCUACGACGAGCUGGCCGGGCCACUGGGUAACCUUGACUACAUGGACGCGGCGGAGCUCUCCAUGGAGCGGCUACUGCAGGCGGGUCACACGGUGAUGAAGAGCACGCACGGUGGUGGGGAUGUGAGCAGCUCGCUGCUGGAACAGGGUGAUGACGGAUCUGAGGGUGAGAUCAUGCUGGAGGACAGCGUGGACGAGCUGGAAGCGGACGAGGGCGAGCAGCUGCAGAUGGAACGCUACCAAGAUGAACACCAGGAUCAUGACGGUGAGGAGACGGUGAUCAUGCGCGAGUCCGCGCCCGACGAGGGCAUUCUGCUGCGCGACGAGUGAGAACCGUGAGCGCACCCGAUGCUUCCAGUACAGGCGGAUCUGCAUGACAUUGUGUAAGAGGACACAAGUAAGACCGUCUGCAAAUACCCGACUGCUUUGAUGAACAGGUGCCAAGCAAAGUCUUCAUUGACCUCAAGAGUGCUCACGCGGCAAUACACGAUAACCGUUUAUCUGUGAAACGAUUGAAGCCUCUUCAUAAAAUUAUAAGACGUGUGGCUAACACGUUCGGCUGCGUACUUUGUUUCAAUGUUGGCAUUUCACUUGAGGUCUCUAAACGGUUCCAAUCGUCUAGACUACUAGUAUAUGUAGCUUUGACCUUUGGAAGAGUUGCCUUCUUUCCUUCGCUGGUCGGAGAAAGUAAUGAUGCUGUGAACCUUGUUCAGCCUUCUUUCGGAGUCGGAGCUUUAGCUCCGUUAGCUGGUGCGAAUAAUGGCGCCUUCUUUCAAGUAAAGAUAUAUCUUUUAUUUGUAUAAAUUUCUGAAAUUGUUAGUUCGAAAAUGGGUUCUUCCUUUGCACAUGUUUUGUGAAGGAUGACACUUGCUAUCUUCUCAAAUUUCGAAACAUUUGUUUUAUAGCUUUUUCAAUUUCACAAUGGCCUGGCUUUUCUGUUCA